GAAGAGUACCGGCGCCGCCGCCACACCAUGGACAAGGACAGCCGAGGGGCGGCAGCCACCGAGCACCGCUUCUUCCGCCGUAGCGUGAUCUGCGACUCCAACGCGACGGCCUUGGAGCUACCCAGUUUGCAGCCCGCAGCGCCCUCGGCCCCUGUUUCGGGAGGCAGCGCCGCUCCGUUGGUCUCUCCUCCCGAGUGUGUCAGCCGGACUUCUUGCAUCCCUGUCAGCGCUGCCCAGGCUCCCUCGCUGCUGCAGCAGCCGCCACCGCCUGCCCCGCUUCCCCUCGAAGGACAGUCCGCUCAGGAGCCCCCUGCCUCGAAGGAUGCCGCCCCGCUGCUGCCCAAGGAGGAGGAGGAUGAGGCAACCGCGCUACCCCUCACCAGCGCCGCUGGCAGCGCAACGGCUGCCAGCCGGGAAUUUGAGGAGCGGAGAACGCAGCAGGAAGACAUUGAAGAGCUUGAGACCAAGGCAGUGGGCUUCUCCCCAGAUGGCCGUUUCCUGAAGUUUGACAUCGAGAUUGGAAGAGGCUCUUUCAAAACUGUGUAUAAAGGACUGGAUACGGAUACCACUGUGGAAGUCGCCUGGUGUGAGCUGCAG